CUCCCUCUCCUCCCUCAGUGAAGAUGGCGACGGUGAUGCAGAGGCAGCGCUCUCGGAGGAGGCUCGCGGCGCUCACUUUCCUCUCCAAUAUCUCGCUCGAUGGGACACACAGGGACACGAGGCUUUCCCAGUAUGGUCGGGGGGGAUUCCUGGGCAAGGUGGCAGGACCAGAGGUAAGGGCGGAGAUCCUGGACGAGAAGGAGAACCGUGAUCAGGUCAAGGAAUCGGAGGCAGGGAGGACCUCGGGAGGGAAGGAUUUCCUCACUGGGAACUCGGCUUCCGUCUGUCGCCAGGAAUCCGUAGGGGCGUCGCAGGAUCUUGCAGAUGGAGGAGUUCAAGGAGACAAAAGCGUUGGUGGAGAUGGAAACGUCAUUCAUCACACCGUUCACUUCAGAGACAGGACAAACACAAACAACUCAGAGCUUGGUGACCGUCCAGGUGUUCUAAAGAAGCGCAUUCUACAUCACCAUCCCUUGGUUGAUAAGACACCGUGCUUUAGCAGUAAUGAAAGCUUAGGAGCUCCAAUACCAAAUAGUGGAGGAGUAAGAACCAGAAAGUUGUCCAGCAGUGUGUCAGAUACAUCAGGGCCUCCCAGUAAAGAGGUCAAAUUUAUGAAGACAGGACACGAUCUACAAGUCCGAGAUGAGCGAGUAGUUUUGAUAUCAUCCCACAAGAUACCUUUCCACAUCUUUUCCUCACUACCAUACAACAAAUCUAAGCUGGGAGGACGAAAUGACCAUCAUGGAAGAGGUGAAAGUGGCCGGCGGCGUCAUCCAUCGGGGAACCGACCCCUCUCCACUAUCAGUGACAGUGUGGAUCCUGCUUAUAUUCUAGGAUUAGAUCGUUCAGAUGAAGUUGGGGAGGUGUCAUACAGUGAACUUCUGGUUCCAUCUCGGAGUUUCUUCUGCAAGCCUCGACGUCAGCAGUCUGAGCACAUAGAACUUGGAGACCCAACAGAGCGUUGCAUGCAUCCAGGAGUUGCUCGGUGUUUCAGCUAUGAACCAGCAACACACAAGGCCACUGCACAUUAUAUUCCACACUCACCACAUGGACAUUAUGACAAAGGUGUGGUGUCUGGCUCUUCUACCAUGGCCGGCUCUUUGACCUUGUUGAGAGCAUUAGAGACGGGUGAACACAUGAGUAGAAAGGGUUGUGCUUGUGAUUUGGAAGAAUGGCGUUGCCCAACUGUUGGUCAUGCAGCAAGUAUGCAGUAUGUGCCAAAUAUGCUUGAUGAUCCUGAGUUACGGGCUGGCAAGCAUCGCAAAUUGCUGCGGUUUCCAUCCUAUAUGACAUCUGUUAUGGAUUAUACUAAACCUUCAGAAUUGAAAAAGGAGUUAAAUGACAAGUUCCGUGGAAAAUUUCCUCAUAUACAGUUGACUUUAAGUAAAUUACGAAGUUUAAAACGUGAAAUGCUGAAGAUUGCCAGGCAAGACUGUGACAUAGACCUCCUCACAGUGGCACAAGCUUAUGUUUACUUUGAGAGGCUCAUACUCAAGACCAUUGUAAACAAGCAGAAUCGGAAGUUGAUCGCUGGUGCCUGUCUCAUCCUCUCGGCCAAGAUGAAUGAUGUCAAAGGAGAGACUUUGAGUAAUCUCAUUGAGAAAACGGAGAGCACCUUCAGGCUGAACCGGCGAGACCUCACCCAGUGGGAAUUUGCAGCCCUAGUGGCCCUCGAAUUUGGGCUCCACCUCCCCACCUGGCAUGUGAAUCCACACUAUCAACGGCUGCUGUUUGAGUCCUGACGAAAACACCGAGACGUCAAUUAUUCGCAUACCUUGUGAUGAUCUGCUAGAAAGUGUCGUACCGUUAGUGGGUGGUGGAAAAACUAUGGCUUGGCUUCUUAUAGCACUUGAAGGUAUAUAGUUUUUUGGGAUUUAUUUGCUCCUGUUGUUUCCCUUUCUUUUUUUUUUUCUUUUUCUUUUUUUUACUGUGAGUGUAGGCUAGUUAAUGGUAGCAGAGAGUAAGUUGUUUUUAUGUUGAUAAUAAUAUGAUAAUUAUUAUUUUUAUCCUUGCUGAUGUUCGUGAUAUUCUUAUUAUUAUUGUUAUUGUUAUUAUUAUUAUUAUUAUUAUUAUUAUUAUUAUAUUUUUAUUAUUAUUUUGUUGUUAUUAUCAUUAUUAUUUUUUUUAUUCUUAUUCUUAUUAUUAAUGUUCUGAUUAGCUUCAUAUUAUAUUUAUGAUUAUUACACCAUUUCUUAUGUCAUUAUGAUUGUUAUUCUCAUUUUGAACUUUUUUAUUGUAAUUCUUUCCAGUUAUUAUGUUAAUGUUCUCAUGAUAAUUGUCAGCAUCUGUAUCAUUUAUUAGUAUUGUUCUAUUUAUUCCCAAGGAAGACUGAAAGAAAAAUUACUCAAGUUUUAAUCCAGCAUGAAGAAUAUUCAUGUGUGUGGAGGCAUUUUGUUUACUAUAUGCUUAGGCAAUGUUAGUCUAAAAUGCAGAUUAAUUAGAGUGUGAACUAUUGUCCUCUGAUUUAUCUGCAUGCAGUUUCUAGCUGCCGUUAAUUUACUGGAAAAAUGUAAAUGCAAUACAAGAAGCCAUUUUUACAAGCUCAGUUUUGCUGCUUGCCGAUGAAGCCAUAAUGAUCUCUUCAAGGGAUAAUCAUCAUUUUAAAAAAUAUUUAAAGGCAUUUAGCAUUAGUUUGCCUGAGAUCCAUCAAGACAUGGUCUACUGAUGAGUGUAAUGGUAGUGAAGAUAAUUUUCAUCCCUUGCAAUUAUAGUAUUUACAUUCCUAAAUGUGCAGGUCAGAUUUUGUGCUGUCAAUCUCAUGUUACCAUUAUGUAUAGCCAGUAAAACUUAACAAUCAAAAGAGUAACAAUCUGCGUUGUUGAUAGGAAGACUUCUCUCAAAAUGUAGCAAACAAUCACAAUUUCAGCAGCGGGGGUAUUCUAAGCAUGUUAAAAGGGGGAUCUCUUGAGGCGCUUUCAUUUGCUUUUCCGUGAUGGGAUGUUCUUUCUUCUGCUGGAAAGUGGGGGUGGUAUGAGGCUUAAAGUUUACAGCUACUGAAUAAUACAUUUAAGGAUAUUUUUGUAUUAUGGCUGUUUAACCAGCUGUGUUGUGUUUUGAAUUAAGAUUUUGCUGUGAUUAUAAUAAUACAAGUAGAUCUGCUGGUAAGAUGUAAUUAUAUUUUUCGAAGAUUGAAUUCUUUAGCCAGCACUAUAUAGCUCAGAAGAGCUUCAAACAAAUUAGAUUGGAUAUAUAUAUUUUCAAGGGAUGUAAACUUAAUUUUACUAAAGGUGUCAGGCAGGGCCUUCAAGCAGCAGAAAUAGGAUUUGGGUAGUAAGAAUUUGAUGCGCUUUAUAAGUGCAUAUUAUAGAUAUUCUAUGAAAGUCCAUGUCUGCUGUGCUGCUAGGUACGAGGGUUUUUAUUUAAUUGUAAAAAGAUAUUUUUGAAAAAAUGUAUAUAGGUUUCUCCACUGGUGUAAAUGAGGGAUAUUUUCAGUUAUCAGUGUUGCCUGUUCAGGAAAAUGGAAGCUGUAAAAUGAAACAUGAAAUGUUCUAUCUUCUUGAUUUCAAACAUGAUAACUGAACUUGAACAUCACAUGAAGGUUGUCUAUAUAUAAUUUGGAAGAAUCUUUGCAGUCGUUGAAUAAUGGGUUUGGUCGUUCCAGUAUGGUAUGUUGACUGAAUGAAUUAGCUUUUCCUUCUAAUUUUAUGUGAGAAUAUGGCAGUUAUAUUGUGUAUCACUCCAUUGGUAUUUAUUACUUAUUUUUUAUUGUUUCUCAUUGAAUGCAAGAACACAUUUCUUGAAUAGAUUUCAUUUGCAAGCUUCUCAUCAUGAAAAGUUAACUCAUUCACUGUAUUCUGUGUCUUUGUAUUUAUCUGCAUUAACUGCGGUCACACUUAAGUGAUUGGCGUUAACUUUUUGAGUGGAAUGCUAAAUAUUGUGUAAUGAACUGCUAGCAACUUCUGUUAUUAACUGUAUGAACAGAAUGGAAUAUGGUAUGUAUAUGUAUAUUCAUGCAUUAAUUUUUUAUGGCACUGCUGUAUUUAUUAUUCUGUAUUUUUGUCAUAUAUAUAUAAUAUAAAGAUAUAUUAGACUUAAUAGUUGUGUACAACUCACAGCUUUUUUCCUCAAUAUUUUAUACUUCUUGUCUAUAUCAGGACCUUGCAUUUAUGAAAGUUGUACCUAACAAAUAGUACAACUUGGGAUGACGAUUUUCCUUUUGACAAAAUAUCAUUCUGCUUGUUAUUUUUUAUUGAACAGUUUUAUGCAUUGAAAUGUACAAGAUAACAAAAAGCGUCAGUAUGUUAAAAAUGCUUCAGUAUAUAUUUUGCAUUUUGUGAAGCUGCCGUAGUAAUUUGGUAAUAAUUUUUGGUCACUUUCAGUACUGCUUGAGCUACAGAUUAAAAUAGAUAGUAUAAGAAGAUAGAUAGGUAUAAGAGUAAAAGCAAGCCACCCUUUCAUUUCUAUAGAUAUGUGCACAGAAGUAUAGCUGUUUUAUUGAAGGCAGGUUGGAAGCCAUAGAAGUUGUUUCUCAAGCAAUACAAGGACAUUGCACUGCCAAUUGCAUCAUUGAUAUAUUUUUUUGUGUUGUACCAUUAUGGCUGAUAACUCCUCUUCAAGAAAACAGGUUAUUUCACCCUAAUCUGCGGUUUAAUGUAAAAGAAGUCUUAUUUUCGUACUGAGUAACUAGAUGUCUGUCACUUGUUGUAUAAUGAUGUUUGGCUUGUAACUAGGGUGAUAUAUGCAAUGUAAUUCAAAUGGAACUCUUUCAUUAUUUUUUUUUUCCACGUAAAUAUCCAAGGUUGAAAGAGUAAAAGAGUUUUUUUUUUUUUUUUUUUUUUUUUUUUUUUUUUUAUUGUCACCCUUUGUAUAUGGUAGACACAUUAAGUAGAAAAUGGUCAUGGUAUAUGUGCUGUAUUAAUGUUAUGGAACCUUUUUUCCCCAAGGAGUGAUAUAAGAUAGUAAAGAAGUUUUACUUGAAUUAUUAUGCUACUUAGUACCAUGUGUUGUUCUAAAGGCAACUUCAUGUUUCUAGUCUUUAUUAGUCUAUUCAAAUUGGUGUUUAGUGUGACUCCAAGAAGUGAGGCUGUAUUUAAGUGCAUAGAAAGUAUAAGUAUUAUCCUGUUUUUGUUCUUUAUUUGUUGUAAUUGUUGAAAUUAAGAAUUCUAAUUUAGUUCCCAAGAAUGUUGUGUAAAUGGGUAGAUAGGUCUGGACUUUAUCUAUACCUUUGUAGAUUUUUCUGAAGAAGAAGGUAUGAAUUUCACUGAGGUAGUGAGGUAGUCCCAGCCUUGUGGUACCCUUUGUCAUGAGGGGGAUUCAUGGUACAGACGUGUUUGAUUUUUGUUUUUGUCUUUUUUUUUGUGAUAUUUCCUGUUGCUGUAGUAUUAAGUGUCCUCUGUAAAAGAUAGGUUUGGUCUUGCAUCUUUUUCUUCCAGUUUCUUUUCAUUCUGCUCCUCCUCUUUCUCCUCAUCCUUCACUUCUCUCUUUUCCUCCGCUUCUCUCUUUUUCCUCCUUUUCCUCCUCCUACUCUUUCCUCCUUUUCCUUGUUUUCCUCCUCCUACUCUGUCCUCCUUUUCCUUCUUUUCCUUCUCCUACUCUUUCCUCUUUUUCCUUCUUUUCCUCCUACUCUUUCCUCUUUUUCCUUCUUUUCCUUCACCUAAUUCCCCUUUCUCAUCCUUUUCUUCCCACUCUGUCACCUUUUCCUCUCCCUCCUCCUCCUCCUUCUCUUCCUCUUCCUCUUCCUCUUGCUCCUCCUCUCCUUCCCACUCCUACUCCUUUUCAUCCCCCUCCCCCCUCCUCCCCUCCCCCCCUCCUUUUCCUCCUCAUCCUCAUCCUUCUCCCCCUCCCCCAGCUCC